AUGAUUGUGGUGAUAACCACAAUAAGUUCUUCCUUUCUCUUCCAAUUGAUCGAGCACCUCUACUUACCCAGCAAAGGCUUGGCUCCUGGGUACAAGUACAAGAUCCGGGAAGAAGACGCAAACGCGUGCGCACGACAUCAGCCGCAGCCGCGCAUGACCGGCCGCGCACGACGUCAGCCGCAGCUGCGCCCUCCGCCGCCCGACCCAGAAAAAGCCGAUCAUGAGCGCCAAGUCCUUUUCCCUGGACUUCAGAACAAGACCCUGGGCGCUAUGCACUUGGCCGAGUUCCACCAGCUCGAGGGCAUUGUAGCUGCCCUUGAUUGCACCCUGGGGCAUCUCAGGGCCGUCAUGAGGCAGUUCUUCACCAAACCGGGUAUCACCAAGCUGUGCUUCAAGCUGUCCUACAGGCCCUGCAGGGAACCCAGCAUGUGUUUUGUGUGGUGUUCAGGGGUCCUUGAGGCCUGAAGUAGUGGGUGGAGCCCAGAGUUCCCAGGCUCUUUGGUCUCAACAUGUUGCUGUCUCUGGGGCUUCCUGACAACCUAUGCAUCAUUGCUUGGGGCCUCUUCCUGGAGCACCUAAUGAUGAUCAACUAUGGCAUCAAUAGUAUCCAGGAGCUGGUGGACCACAAGGUAAACCUACAGGUGAUGUGCGACAGUCCCCUGUGCCGCCUGAACCUCGA